AUGAUGCCCCGUAAAGCUUUUCUUUCCCAGAAAGAAAAGCAGGCUCGUGCCAGGGAAAGGGAUAUGUUAAAAAAGAGGAGGAGGCGGCAAGACUAUCUCAAAAGAAGUGUGGAACCGCAGAAAAAUGCAGAAACAAUAAAAUGGCACAGGGAUGAUGAGAAGAGGAGAGAAAAUGAGCAAGUGAAGGACAAAGAUAUCAAGAAGCGGUGGAGACAGGAUGAGCGAGAACGACGAAAGAAUGUGGACGCUAUGAAUUGGCGCAGGGAAGAUGAGAAGAGGGAAAAUGAGCGAGAAACUAUGUUCCAACUUCCUGUCAACAACCUUGGCAGUUUAAGAAAGGCCCGGAAAACUGUGAAAAAAAUACUUAGUGACAUUGGUUUGGAAUACUGUAAAGAACAUAUAGAAGAUUUUAAGCAGUUUGAACCUAAUGACUUUUAUUUGAAAAACACUACAUGGGAAGAUGUAGGAUUGUGGGACCCAUCGCUUACAAAAAAUCAGGACUACCGGACAAAGCCUUUUUGCUGCAGUGCAUGUCCUUUUUCCUCGAAGUUCUUUUCGGCGUACAAAAGCCACUUCCGGAAUGUUCACAGCGAAGACUUUGAAAAUAGGAUUCUCCUUAAUUGUCCUUACUGUACUUUCAAUGCAGACAAAAAGACUUUGGAAACGCACAUUAAAAUAUUUCAUGCUCCAAAUGCCAAUACACCAAGUGGAGGCAUCAGCACGUUUAAAGAUAAAAACAAACACGAUAGCCUUAAACCUAAGCAGGCUGACAGUGUAGAACAAGCUGUUUAUUACUGUAAGAAGUGCACUUACCGAGAUCCUCUAUAUGAAAUAGUUAGAAAGCACAUUUACAGGGAACAUUUUCAGCAUGUGGCUGCUCCCUACAUAGCGAAGGGAGGUGAAAAGUCACUCAAUGGUGCGGUUCCGUUAAGUUCCAGUACCCGAGAGGAGGGUAGUAUUCACUGCAAACGAUGCCUUUUCAUGCCGAAAUCAUACGAAGCUUUAGUACAGCAUGUUAUUGAAGACCAUGAACGCAUAGGCUAUCAGGUAACAGCAAUGAUAGGCCACACUAAUGUAGUGGUUCCAAGAUCUAAACCUUUGAUGCUAAUAGCUCCAAAACCACAGGAUAAAAAGCCUAUAGGCCUCCCUCAGAGGAUGGGUCCCCUUUCCCCUGGAAGCGUCCGAUCUCUCUCGUCGCAGCAGAUGAUGAACAGACUCACUAUACCAAAGCCGACGUUAAAUUCUGCGGGAGUGAAUAUGAUGUCAAAUGUUCACCUACAACAAAACAAUUAUGGAGUCAAAUCAGUACCGCCAAGUUACGUUGGCCAGCCAGGGGGAAGGCUGAACUUGAGUGGUAAUGCACCAGUUUCUAUUCCACAGCAAUCACAAACAAUUAAACAGUAUUCAGCAAGUGGCAAUGGAAGGCCUUAUACUCUUGGAGGGGAACAGAGAUCACAGGCCUCGGCAAGAUACUCUCUUCAGUCUGCCAAUUCCUCUUCUCUUUCAUCAGCUCAGCUGAAACAGACGUCAUUAUCUCAGUCACAGGCAGCUUCAAGAGUAUUAGGUCAGUCUGGCUCAAAAUCUCCCGUAGCUGCUACAGGUCCUUCCACUGUCAACACGUCAUCCACACAGAAGUGGAAAAUCUGUACAAUCUGUAAUGAGUUGUUUCCUGAAAAUGUGUAUAGUGUCCACUUUGAAAAGGAGCACAAGGCUGAAAAGGUGCCUGCAGUAGCUAACUAUAUCAUGAAAAUACACAAUUUCACUAGCAAAUGUCUAUACUGUAAUCGCUAUUUACCCACUGAUACGUUGCUUAAUCAUAUGUUAAUACAUGGUCUGUCUUGUCCGUAUUGCCGUUCAACCUUCAACGAUGUUGAAAAGAUGGCUGCUCAUAUGCGAAUGGUUCAUGUUGAUGAAGAAAUGGGACCUAAAACCGAUUCCACUCUAACCUUUGAUUUGACAUUGCAGCAGGGUAGUCACACGAAUAUACAUCUUCUUGUAACGACCUACAACCUGAGAGAUGCUCCUGCUGAAUCUGUAGCUUACCAUGCCCAAAAUACUCCCCCAGUUCCUCCAAAACCACAGCCGAAAAUCCAGGAAAAGUCUGAUGUACCUGUAAAAAGUUCUCCACAAGCAGCAGUUCCCUACAAAAAAGACGUGGGGAAAACCCUCUGUCCUCUGUGCUUUUCAAUCUUAAAAGGACCCAUCUCUGAUGCGCUUGCACAUCACCUACGGGAGAGGCAUCAGGUCAUUCAGACAGUUCACCCGGUUGAGAAAAAGCUAACCUACAAAUGCAUUCAUUGCCUUGGUGUAUAUACUAGUAACAUGACUGCCUCGACUAUAACGCUGCACCUUGUUCACUGCAGAGGGGUUGGGAAGACUCAGAAUGGCCAGGACAAAGGCACUUCGUCAUCUCGGCUAAGUCAGUCUCCAGCUGUAGCACCUGUAAAACGUACCUAUGAACACAUGGAGUUCUCACUAAUGAAGAAAAGGAAAAUGGAUGACAGUGACUCCCCCUCUGCCUUCGAGGAGAAGCCUGAGGAACCUGUAGUUUUAGCAUUGGACCCCAAGGGUCAUGAAGAUGAUUCCUAUGAAGCCAGGAAAACAUUUCUUACAGAGUAUUUUAAUAAGCAACCAUAUCCCACUAGGAGAGAGAUUGAGAAGCUGGCUGCCAGUUUGUGGUUAUGGAAAUCUGAUAUUGCAUCUCAUUUUAGUAACAAAAGGAAGAAAUGUGUUAGAGAUUGUGAAAAAUACAAACCCGGUGUGCUGCUUGGUUUCAAUAUGAAAGAGUUAAACAAGGUUAAACAUGAAAUGGAUUUUGAUGCUGAAUGGCUGUUUGAAAACCACGAUGAAAAGAAUUCCAGGGUCAAUGUUAGUAAGACUGUUGACAAAAAAAUAAACUUAGAAAAAGACAAUGAAAGUUCCUCAGACAGCUAUGAAAAUAUAGAAGAGGAAUACCAUGAAAGUGGUAGUCCAUUUGGUCAGCGUAUUUCUGACAUGGGUGGGAAAACCUCUUCUGAUAGCAUAGCAGAGAACCCGGAGGACAGCAUAUCCAAGGAAAUUGUUGAAGAAAAUACAUUACAGUCUCCAGAGAAGUCUGAUCAAAAACAAGAGGAAAGCUCUAAAUACGAAGAGAUUAUUUCUGCUGAAGAACCAACAAAAUUGGUAGGUGAUGUUUCAGAUAGCGAAGGCGAUCAGGAUUAUGCUGUUGAAUGGAAAGAUGGAGCUUCACAGUCUGAAAGUGGGCCUGGUUCUCAGCAGGUUUCUGAUUCUGAAGAUAAUACAUCAGAAGUAAAACCAGAGGUGUGGACAGACGAAUCCUCCCAAAGUGAAGAUGCAGGUAGCAGUAAACCGGCUGUUGAGACAAAAGGGGGUGAAUCUGAAAGUGAUGAAGAACAGUCAAAGUGGAAGAAUCGUUCCUAUGGAAAAGAAGAGUUUUGGCCUAAGGACCAGUCGCAAUGGAAAAAUGCAUCAGAGAUUGAGGAGAGCUUGUCAAAUCAGCAGAUGGAAUGGCAGAAUAGCACAAUUGACGGUGAGGACGGAGAUCAGUUUGACAGUGUGACUGAUGGAGUAGCAGAACCAAUGCAUGGCAGCUUAACUGGUGUGGAGCUGAGCAGCCAGCAAGCGUAAGCUGCUCAGUUUGGAAGCUGCAGUAACGUGAUCCAAUCCACAACUGUCUCAACACUCAUUUCAGUAUGACUGCUAAGCUUAACUUCUAACUGGUACUGCCUGUCAAGUGCUAGGUCAUGGCACGUGGUGGUUGUGGCCACAGUUAUUCCAGGAUGCUGUUGGCUAAUCUUGCUUGAGAAUACCUGCUGGGAUGAGCACAGUAACAAUGUGAAAAUGGAUAAGCUGGUGGCUCCAGAAUGCACACAGAGAAAAGCAGAGGUUCAUUUCUAUCUGCAUUUUCAACACUUAUUUCACUCUUGUACAUGUUCAGUUGUAUGUCUUUUUAAACAUUACCCUUUUUCACAUGGUAGUGUAGGGCCAACCAUACAAGCUACCAGUUCAACGUGUAUAGUAGACUAUGGGAAAAUUGAUUUUUUUCAUGUAUCAUUCUGAAUAGUUGAAAUGUAUAUUUGUACAGUCUUUUAGACCUAUUCAAGUGAAGCUUAUGAAAUUGUUCUUGUGUACCCAUAAUAGAUUUGUUUCUCUUUUUUAGUGUUGCCCUGCUGUGUAAUAAAUGCUGUAUCUAGUUUACCUAGCAAAAGCUUGAAACUGCUAUAGUAUGGAUUUUGACAAACUUAGUUUUUGCACAUAACCUUGUACAAUCUCAAAACAGAGGCCAGCAACGUAAAAAAAAAAUAUAUCUGGACUCUAUUGUAUUAUAGAAUUUUCUUGUUCUGAAUAUCCUUGACAUUACAACUGAUGACAAACGUAUUUCAGAGCCAUUUUCUGAAAUCUUUUAAGCUAAAAAAGAAAAAUCACAUGCAAGAAACAAGUUUGCAGCUACUAAUUUUGACACCUUUUAGAUCUGUAUAAAAGUGUAUUGUGUUGAAGCAGCACACUGAAACAAAAGUGCUGUGUUUUGGAUAUUUAGUUUUAUCUUUAGUUAACACCAACAAGGUGUUGUAUUCAUUUAUACCAUCUAAUAUAUGACACACUGUUGUAGUAUGUAUAAUUUUGUGAUCUUUAUUUCCCUUUGUAUUCUUCAUUUAAGCAUCUAAAUAAAUUGCUGUAUUGUGCUUAAUGUAAA